AUGGCAAUCUUCAAGUUGCCCGCCGGUCUCAUCACCACCUGUCUGACCACGGCCAUUGCUAUGAAAAUAAUGCCUCCGACCGCCGAAGGACCGAUCAAGGUCGGCGCACGAGGACACCCAUUUUGCGGGUUUCCAGGCAACAUGUCCACCCUGGGGUACCUCAAGGAGGAGUACUUCAUUAGUGGCAUCGCUAAUCGCUACAAUGUCGCUGUAUCCGCACAGAGUGCAGGCCUGGACUGCCUCGGCGCCAAUCCCAUUGGUCUCACGGAAUGGGAUCCGCAGCGGUACGGAACACUUCGCGUUCCAGACGAUGCGCUGUCUUACGAUAUUUUCACUCAAGCAGCCCAUGUUUUUCAGUCGGGCCAGAUCGCUGGAGUCGAGCCAGAAAAGCUCAUAGCCGUGGGCGCAUCGCAAUCCGGAAAGCGCGUGCUGGCUUACGUCAAUGACAUACAGCCCAUGGGCAGCACAUUUGACUCAAUUAUCCCCGUUGUCUGCACCGGCAACGCGGCGAAUUUCAGCCCAGUGCCUGCAGCUCGGACACCACUCAGCGCGAGAGAUGCGUGA